GAAUGCUACCUGGUUCAAAUAUCUGAUGAGCCCAGAAGGAUUCUUGAAAUACUAGAGGCUUGGAAGGAUCUUCAAAAACUGGUGUUGGGAAAUGCAGUCCAUGGGCAGCAGGCCGUUCGCUUGCGGCAAUUUUUUCAAGAUUAUUUGGCCAUGAUCUCCUGGACAGAGGAUACCCGGGCACAGAUCUUCUCGGAGAGUCUGAGCUCCCGUGGUCUGUCGGAGGCCCAGUGGGAGGAGCUGGAAAAUAAUAUGGAGACUAAGUUCAAGGAGUUCAAGGAGCUGGCGGCCGCAGGAUGGGAGCUCGUGGCUGACGAGCACUACUUGAGUGAGACAAUAAAGGAGCGAAUUGAGGAGUUGCAGAGCAUGCUGGGAUGGGUGAUGGUUCGAUGGCGAGCCCAGAGCACCCAGAAGGAUGAUGGCAGGGAGAUUCACAAUGGCAGCCCGGACAUGCCCAAGAACUGCCAGAUAAAAGUAAUUCCUGAAGCUAGUGUCCCCAAGGCGGAAGGUAUCCUGAGCUCCGGUUUGUCUGAAAGGCCGCCUGUCACUGUAGGCUCGCUCCAAAUUGGUUCCGCAACAGAGCAAGAGAGUGAAUCGGUUUCCACUGCAAUCCUCUCUAGCCUAGAUGUUCUUCCAGUGCAGAAUCAGAGCUUGGAAGAAUCAGAAAGCCACGUGCUCAAGGAGAUGGGCAUCCCCAAGGAGACUCUGGUCUUAGAACCGUCAGAGACCCCAGUGCUGUUGAUACCACAGCCAGCCCCGGGAAGCCUGGGUGGCACCGUGAACUUGAUCUUGAGCAUUGGGAAGAAAGGGGAGAGAGAGGCUCUGGGAAGCCAGGCAGGAGCGUCGCCACCAGCGGGACAGGAGGCCGUGCACAAGCUCCCUGAAACUAAAUCCUCGGGCUGUAAAACUUUCUGGAAACGUUGCCAGGGGCUUUUAGGAAAUACUCUGGGUAGUUUAAAGAGAAAGAAAAGGCCGCCCCGCCAGCAUGCCAAAGAGGUGAGCACCUAUUUGCAUGUGAAGGAGAAAGAUGGAGAUGGAGGAGCAUCCCGGGGAAGCUCAACCUCCAUGCUACGACCUGCACCUAAGCAGCUGCCACCCACGGCGCCUUCUCGCUCGCUUCCUGGCACUGGACGUGGCCCCAUAGCCUUCCACACCUUGCCCAAGAUCAGCUCCAGCUGUUUCUUGCGGAGCCUGGCUAGAACAGGCAACGUGAAGGCAGGCGAUGCCGAACGGCUCACCUUGCAAGGCAUCAUGGGAGCAGAAGCAAAUGAUCCGCAGCCUGUGCCAGAGGGAAAGCCUAGCACCAGUAGCACCUGGCCUCCCAAGUGUAGCAAGAGGGCCCAAGGUGUGCAGGCCCUGGGCCUACCCUGCAGAGAGCUGAUGGACUAUGUGAAGAACCCCUUGGCAGGGGCUAUUGAUACUGAAUGUGACUCAGUAGAAGACGCAUCAGGAUGGCGCAUGUUCCUGAGGCAGAGUGAAAGUCUCAACAGUUCCUUGUCACCCUCAGAGAAGAUCCACACAUGCCAGCGUCUUCCUCUAGGUUCUGUCCUGAGCCUGGAGCUCCCUAAGGAUCCCACUGUCCUAAGGAAUGUCCGUGAUACCAUCAGGGUAGCAAGGGAUGGAGCAGCAGGAAGGAAGGGAUUAAGCCAGGCUCACCAAGUGGCUCUGGGUAGCACUGAUGGGGCAAAAGCCCAGGAGAAUGGGACCGGCCUGCAGAAGAGGGCCCCAGGAGGGCAGCCAGCCAUGCACCAAAGGCCCAUCCAGGCUGAGGAUGCCCAGCGUAUGUACCCCAAGGAUAAAGGAGGUACGUGGUUUGAAGAAGUGAGCAUCAACCCUGGCUACGGCAGCCAGAAGGCCUACUUCAUUGCUCCUUGUGAAGCAGGCAGGCAAAGCAGUCCCAAUGAUGACUUCCUGGAUUUCAAGCACAACCGGCUGUCGCGUAUCAGCAUCCUGCACGAGCAGAUAGGCUGGGAGUGGGACAAACUAGCUGCCUCGUUGGGUACAACUAGCAGCUCCGGCAAGGUGCAGGCAAGAGAUCCAACGGAGCGCAAAGCCAAAGUCAGAGAUGCCUCUCGGGGGAAGCUGAUGCCCUCCCCUGCUAAACACGCAAGUGGUGUGGAUGCGGUUUCCCCCACAAGUAGAGCGAAGGGCCCACCCAUCAACAAGAUGCCAGAAAAGGGCAGUCCCCCCUCCUUACUCCGCCUGGGACUCAAAUCACCCACCAAGCUGCCUGUGUUUGAAGGCAUCCCGGGCUCCUCGGAGCAAGGCCCUCUCGUCCCAGCUCCAGGAGGAAGGGCAUCCGAAGGAUCAACGUUGCAAGACAUGGCAGAGGUUUGCCACCCUGCCCAUGAGUUGUUUGAAGAGGAGGAAGAGGAGCUGCAGGCCAUAUGGAGUAAUGUGGAGAAGCACAAGAGGAGCGCAGGUCUUUGUGGCAGCCCAGUGAAGAAGGCGGACAAGGUGCGAAGCCCAGAUAGCUCGGGCGGAAAACUCAUCCUGACGUCAGCAGAUAACUUGUUGGUAGCCAAGUUCAAACUUCCCGCCUCUGCCCUGCUGCUUCAGAACUCAGAAGGAGAAAGCAGGACCAGCAAUGGGCUGGAUGGGAAGAGCAGUCCACGUCAGUGCUGGGCAUCCGUGCCUUCUUGUGAGGAACCACCUGAGGGGGCAGAGCCUUUGCCCGUGGGGUCACUACAAAGCAGCUGCCCAGUGGACCAGCAGAAGCUCCAAGGGGAGGACAGAAUUCUUGGCAAGAUUCCUCCCAGUAAACUGGAGCUUCAGAUGAUGGAAGGCUCUCUGGAAAGGAAGCAUCUCCUCCAAGCAGGAGGCAGAAAGGCAAACUGUCGUUCCUGGAAUACAUUCCAUACAGUACUGAUGAGACAAACUUUGUGUUUCUACCAGGACAAGAAAGACACUGUCAAGCAGAGCUCCGUGACAGCCUUGCCACUGAACCUGUCUGGAGCUGUUUGCUCCCUAGAAACAGAGUACACCAAAAAGAACAACUGUUUCACACUGCGGUUGAAGGAUGGCUCCAAAUAUCUCCUUCGAGCUCCAACUGAGUUCCUCAUGAAAGAGUGGAUUACCAAAUUGCAGCAAAACUCUGGUUUACCUGAAGUGGAUUAUUUCCAGUCGGCUUCCCAGACCGCCCAAGGGACGACCUCUGCAGUUAGUGUGAUUCCCGGCCGUGGCAUCUCCUCCCACUUCCUGGGCCUUCCUCAGCCCCUUACAGUCAAGAGCCAGGAGGCCCUGCUUCUGCCCAGGUCCAGUGUCAGGCUGCAGUUGCCGUACAAUACUCAGGACGAUCCACUGGAUACAGCAGCAGUGCAGACAGGAAACACCCACAGAUCCACUGCCAUUCCUACCACAGAGCACGGUCUGAGGCCCUGCUCACCGGCAGAGUCUACAAGGUCAAAAGACCCUCAUAUCUGCCAGGAAGAGGACUGUGGGCUGGUGACAAACAAGAGGCGGUCCUAUUCCUUUACCUCAGCUACAUACCAGAAGAUCACACCUUUGUCCGUGUCCAAGGAACCCCUGAGGAUUGGCAGCAGCUACUCAGUCACACUGUACAUCGGAGAACAGGCCCCUGCUCCCCCCCGACCUCGCUGCCAUUCCUUUAUAGCCGCCCCUGGUGGGUCCCGAGAGCCCUUGGGCGACAGAAGCCAAGGCGCCUCGCCUCGCCAGAAGAACAAAUCCGUCUUCAGAAAGUUCUUUGGAAAGAAAGACUGAUCUAGCAGCUCAUUCCCUUGAAAACAAGAAAUGCGUGGUUGUACACAGGCACUGAACAUUUCCUUGUUAGAUUGAGCCUGAUGGCUACAAAUGGGCACUGUUGCCUUGCCCCUGCCCUUGAAGGUUGCUCUCUCCCCAAAGGCAGGAGGAGAGAGGCAUGAGGGGCAGCCUGUGCUCCGUGAAACAGCCCCUUCGGCCUCAGCUCUAAACUUCACCUACUCAACCCUGAUAGGGCAGCUGCUCUAGAGAGCACUAGCUGAGUGUGUCAGAGGCCUUUAGCAGGGCAAAGAAGCCCCCAUUCAUAUUGCGGCAGGGUGGCGUAUUCCAGCCACUUCAUGGCCUUCCUGUGGGCAAAGCGCAAUCUUCCUUUUACGUAUGAGCCUAUGGAGGAUAACAGGUCAAUACAUUCCCAGGCACAUAUGUAUUAAUACUGUAUUUGUAUUCAAAGGGGUAGGGUGGGGGUGGACAGGGAGUCAUAUUUGCUUCAUUGCCUUCCUAACACAUUUGCAUGAUUCAUGAUGGGAUCAAAAAGGAAAGCGUUUCCUUGGAACUAAUUAUCCAGGUGAUGGGAUUUUACACAGGCAUGGG